AUGUCAAGUCAGGAAGACGACCUCGAUCUUCUCCUUUCUCUUCAAGACAAAGUUCCCGAAACCCCUCCUGCUUCUCCUUCACCGCUUGAUUUUGAGGGUGAUGACGAUGUUGUACCGCGGAGGGAGAGACCUGAUAUGUCCGUUUUCAAAGAUGCAGUUCAGGAUUGCCUUCUCGACCAACCCUCUAACCCUAAUCCUAAACCUAAACCAAACAACAAAUCGCUUGGCGACGAUCCCCAACUUGACAAGUUCUCGGGUCUUCGCAUAAGGGACCAAUGUUUAACACCGGCUGAGCUUAGGGAAUCUGUUCAAGACAUUCGUUUUGUUCGCCUACCGGUCAUCAAGAAUUUGGUGAAUGGGGAUACUUUCUCUGGAAAUUGGGUAACUGUUGGAGUGUUGACUGAGAAGGGGAUUCAGAAAACAAGUUCAAAUGGGAAGAGCUUUUGUAUAUGGAAAAUUGGGUGUUUAGAUGAAAAUACCAUUCCUAUUUUCUUGUUUGGAAAUGCUUAUCAGAGGAAUUGCCAAGAGCAGGCAGGAACAGUCUUUGCAUUCUUCAAUUGUGGUGUUCGCAAGGAUGCCAAGGGUAAUGGUUUUUCUUUGAGUAUAUACUCCCCUAGCCAAAUUGUGAAGAUGGGCACCUCUGUAGAUUAUGGAGUUUGCAAAGCGAAAAGAGCGGAUGGGAUGGCAUGUACAAUGGCCAUAAAUAAGCGUCAGGGGGCUUAUUGUAAAUAUCAUAAAUCAAAAACAUCAGAGAAAUAUUCCACCGGAAGAACUGAACUCAAAGGAGGAAACUUAAGGUCGGCAUUUAGGCCUAGAGAUUAUAUCAAGUCAGAAGGAAUAUACUUGGUUGACCCCCUCGCUGACAAAACAAACUUGAAGAAGUCUAAGCCAGUGAAAUUGUUAUCCGUCGAUAGUCUCAGAAAGGCAUUGAGCAAUGCAGGAAAAGUAACAACAACUUCACACUCACAAGGGAUUAGAUUUCUUUCGGAGGUUGCAGGUAAAUUUGAUCCAAACAUGAUGAAAAAAGGAUCAAAGAUUCCAAACGAACGCAGUAAACAAACAGAGAAGAGGAAGUCAUCUUCUGUGACUACCGGACACUCUACUGUCAUAAGAAACCAACAGUCAGAUAUAAAAAGGGUAAAAACAGAGGGGCAAAGUUCUGUUGAUAAAACCACAAAGAAUGCUAUAAAUAUGAUUGACUUAGAUCUUGUUAGUUCGGAUGACGACUUCUGA